GUUCGAGAAGGAAUACUUGAGAUAACUGACUGUAUCAUUUUAUGGUGGAUGGGGAAGUAUGUGGUCAUGAAAUAUUUUCCUACCUUGAAGAACCAUGAAUCCCUCGGAUUGCACACAUGGAAAUGGAUUGAGGUAUCAAUACUUAUUCUCGUAGGCUACAAUAUCAGUACAAUUUCUACUCAUACAAUCAUGCUGUGGCUACAAGAUUUUGUUCGUGAAAAUCUUGAUCCAGGUAAUGACACAAAAUCACUACCUAUACAAUAGUAGAGAAAUCUAUGCACAGGCCAUACCUGGUGUAUAGUGCUGUUGGUAUGAAACACAGCAUCAACUUUAUAUUGAGUUCAAUGCUGCUUCUACUUACGUGGGCGUUGUAUUUUGGUUCCCACCAGAACACACCAGGCCGAGAAAGUUUUGUCAAUUGGAACCUGGACUUGUGUUAGUGUUUUGAUUUGCUCUGUUAUAUGGUUGAUCAAAUCUUGUGUGUUAUUGUCAUGGGAGGCUGUUGCAGUCUAUAAAAGAUUAGAUUCUAGAAUCUUAGAAGGGGGAAGCAGCUCUACUUUCUUGGCAUCAUUGGUCGACAAAGCCAUGAUUUCUUUGACCUUCUCUACAGCGAAAAAGUUAUGAGAAGAAACGCAGAGAGUCUAAAAAGAAGCCCAUUACAGCCCAAUGACGGAAAAAAUGAAGAGAAUAAUCCGAAAUCACAUCUCCCUUCAUUUAUAAAUGUCUUACCUACUGGGGCUCUCAAUUCAAAUUUUAAAGGGUUUUACAAGAGUGCCUUCUACAGUAAAUCUGUAGCGGAGAUAUUCUCGAAUGUGGAUUUGUUUAAUAAUUUAAUGAGAGUUUGUGACCGGAGAAAAAGUGUGGGGGAUGAAGUGGAUGAGUGGGAAAAACAAGGAAUGAAUGGACUGCAUGACAAGGAUGUUAAGCGCGGAGAUGAAGCAGCAGCAUACGUUUAUGUGAAGAAAUUGUCAAAAGAAGUGAAGAAAACAGCAAAAGCUGACUUGUUAAUGCAGGAUGACCGCACUCCCACCUUACAUGGUAUACAACUAGUGGCUCAGUACCUUUUGACUGCUAAAAACGCUCUAUCUAACGAUAAUUAUACUUCUGAUAUCCUCCUCGAUCUGCAGAAAAGAAGCCAAGAUGGGAUUAUCAAUAAAGACAUCAUGAAGCAAAUUAUUGAAAGUAAUACCCAGCAAUCAUCUAGAGCCCUUGAAAAUGAAAGUGUGAAGGAUGAGUUUGACUAUUUUAAAGGUCAAUUACAUGAUGACACAAUUGAUUUAUCUGAAGAAUUAUCGCUUAAUAUAAUAAAAGCAUGGAUGGACAGGGCAUGUUCCAAUUGUUUGGUUCUUGCAAACACAUUGAGCAGUGUGAAAGAGGUUGUUGAUGGUUUGGAUAAAAUUAUCAGCUUUCUUCUAAUUGUUGCAACUUUUAUAAUGUGGCUGCUUCUCACUGGGUUGGCCUCCACGAAAAUACUAGUCACAGCAUCACCGUUUUUGGCUGCAACAUUUAUAUUUGGAGAAUCUUGCAAGACCCUAUUUCAUGGCAUCAUGUACAUUUUUGUGGUGCAUCCUUUUGAUGUUGGCGAUUUGUGCAUCAUUGACCAAAAAAUGAUGGAGGUUAGAACUAUUGGCUUUUGGAAAGCAACUUUUACAAUAGUCGGUACACAAGAAGAAGUAAUGUUUACAAAUUCACAGUUAUCCAACAAAGAUAUUGUCAACCACAGGUCAAAUUUCGAUUGGAACGACUGUAUAGAGCUUGAUACAACUUCUCUAACUAAGCAAAAAAUCACAAAAUUGAAACAAAAAAUUGCAGAACACCUUGAAGAUGAUACAGAGAAGAAAUUCACAGCAGGUUAUAAUUUUAUCGCAGUGUUGACAACUGAAGAUAAAAUCAAGCUAGCCAUUAACUUUAAACACAGUGUGGAUUGUAAAAGUAGCAUAUACUCAGAGUGUUUGAAGACAAAGCAGGAGUUACGAUCCGAGUUGAUUCUUCAUAUACAUGACCUGCUGGAGCAAAUAAAAAAUGAAAAACCAGAAACUUCAGAGAAUUCUACAGAGCAAGCUCAGGAAAACAAGGAACUUGGAAAUUCAAGCUAAAAUCAUCCCAAUCCAGAGCAGAUACAAACCUGAAAUUAAAAUAUGUAAAAUGUUACAUGUUGAUUGUUAAGCUAAGUUUUCAAAUUCUUGUUGUUAUUAAGAGGUGUAAGACAUCGAUGAUAAAUCGUUUUGAUCCAGAUCAGGCUCUAAAAACUAUUUAUUGAAGAAUGCGUAGUUUUCUUGAGUAAA